ACCAAUAUAUAUAUAUUUGUUUGCAGAUUCUUUCCCUGCCGUCCCGACUCCCAACAAACUCAAGAAAAUAUUACAGUUGUUAUGGUUGAAUUUCAAAUCCAAAUAAAACUGCCUUUCCUUGUUUGCUGCUGUGGACUUUUCCCAUCUCUCUCUCUGUCUCUCUCUCUCUCUCUGGACACAGUCUGUGAUUCCAAGUGUGCGAGCAAAUCCUGACAAUCCCAGGUUGUUGACAAGGACUAACUUGGUUCAUGAUAGUGGCCUGUUAAGAGAGCAAUGAGCUACCGUCAAUCAGCCCCUGGGAGACCAACUUCAGGUAAACGAAGAUUAAACGACCUUUUGCUUCAAAGAGAUAAUCGUGUUUGUGCAGAUUGUUCCGCUCCUGACCCUAAAUGGGCGUCGGCCAAUAUUGGAGUUUUCAUAUGCUUGAAGUGCUGUGGUGUUCACAGGAGCCUUGGUUCACAUAUCUCAAAGGUUUUAUCCGUGACCUUAGAUGAAUGGUCUGAUGACGAAAUUGAGUCGAUGAUUGAGGUUGGAGGAAAUGCUUCUGCAAAUUCUAUCUAUGAAGCUUAUAUUCCUGAAGGAAUCUCAAAGCCUGGACCAGAUGCCACCCAUGAUGCACGUUCAAAAUUCAUUAGGUCUAAGUAUGAACGUCAAGAAUUUCUGAAACCGAGUUUGCGUAUCUUGUCAGCUCCAAAGUCGAGCUCUCUCCAAACAAGUCUUUCCAGAAAGAUUAUGUCUACCUUCAGAAGUGCAAGUUCAUCACAUGCCUCAGAAGGUAUGGUGGAGUUUAUUGGGAUGUUGAAGAUUAAGGUAGUCAAAGGCACAAAUUUAGCUAUCCGAGAUAUGCUGUCAAGUGAUCCAUAUGUUGUCCUGACUCUUGGACAACAGAAGGCUCAAACAGCUGUUGUAAAGAGCAACUUGAAUCCAGUUUGGAAUGAGGAACUCAUGCUUUCUGUUCCUCAAAAUUAUGGAGCUGUAAAGAUGCAAGUGUAUGAUCAUGAUACAUUUUCUGCUGAUGACAUAAUGGGGGAAGCUGAAAUUGAUAUCCAGCCAAUGAUAACCUCUGCAAUGGCAUUUGGAGAUGCUGGGAUGUUUCAAAACAUGCAGAUUGGGAAAUGGCUGAAAUCAAAUGACAAUGCUCUGAUAGAAGAUAGCACUGUAAACAUAAUUGACGGAAAGGUGAAACAAGCUGUAUCACUCAAGCUGCAGAAUGUAGAAUCUGGGGAAAUAGAACUAGAACUAGAGUGGAUUCCGCUUGAUCAAUAGGUGUACAUAAUUUAUUCUCUCCUGUUUGCAUUCCAAAAUGAACAUACAGUAACGAAUCACUUUUUGUUCAGAAAUACACCAUGAACACUUUGUAUUUGUUGUAUCUUGACUUUAAGUUUUGAUCCUGGAAAUAUUUUAGAAAGUUCUUUUCAUAAGCGGAUCAAACAA